AUUCCAUUCGAGUUAAAAUUUAUUCAUGUUGGAAAAUUAAUAUUAAACGUAAAAUUAACAAUGACUUUGCAAUUUGGUAAAAUUCCCCAAAAGUGUAUUCAAAAUACGAGAAAUUUAGUUUCUUGUUUAAAGAGCCUAAAAGUAGACUUUGUUGGUGAAGGAAUUUAUCGAGCGAGAAUUAAAGUGGAGGAAAAACAUUUAAAUGAUAAAUCAUACUUUAAUUAUGGACUGAUUGCCUAUUUACUUGAUCAUUCGGGAACAGCAGUAUUAAAAUCCAUCAUUCAAGAGCCUGGUCUUCCAAUUAAAUUGGAUAUCGAAUAUUUGGAACCAGUUCCUCUUGGAAGAGAAUUAAUAUUAUUCGCCCGUCUUCGAAGUAUUCAUAACAGAUACGCUCACAUUACGUCCGAAUUAAACGUUAUUGAAAAGAAUAAAAAUUUUCCAGUCGCACUAGCUCAAUACACAAAAUUAUUACAUUCUGAAAGUAAACGGUACCCAGAAUGGUGUUUGGGUGAUUGAAGAAAAGACUUCCUUCAAAGAAAAGAUCUAAACCUUUUAAUUUCUUUUAACUUUUAAAAAAAGUUUCUAAAUAAUAUAUUUAGCAAAAAAUUGCUCGUUUGUAGUAUUUCAAAUAACGUAACUUGUUUCAAUUAGUUUCAAAUUUAAAAAUGUUUUUGUCGUCUGCUUUUAAUAAUCACGUGACAUAAUCAAUGUCGAAUUACGUAAACAUUGAAAUAUAACCUAAAAAACUACAACUGUCAAAGAUUCUCAUUUCUCACUAUUUAUUAUUUAUAUAAAUGAUAUAAAUAUAUAAAUUGCACAUUAAAUUUUAUAAUUAUAAUUUCAAAAAAACUUCAACACACGAGUAAUGAAAGAUCGUAGAUUGUAAGUUAAGACUGUGAAGUAGUAGUUUCAUUUAAUACUCGAUUGAAAAUUAUCCAUAAAAAUGGGCG